AUGGCUCCUGUCAACCUCUUCCUCAAGCUGAGAAACACGUAUUUUGGCCAUGCAGACAAGGACAAGCCUGUCAUCUCGCCUACUACGGCAGCCCUUCUAUCGGUCGCGUGCACGCUUGUCUACGUGGUCCCUUUCUACCUCUCAUCAUCAACUCGGCCAUCACCGACACUGAACCGCGAUGCUCCCAGCGUUAUCCGCGCACGCAUUCGGACGGUCACCGUGGCUUGUAUCCUCGGUAGCGCUGGCACUCUAUAUCUGCUCCUGGGAACGGCGAAGCUUUCCCUAACCGAGGCCGUGCAUAUGCUGGGAUAUUGGCCGAUCCGGCCGUGGGACCUGUUGAGAUCCUUCACCCUGACCUUCCUGUUGUAUGUUGGGCCACUCUUUGAGAAGAUUUUCGUCGAGGGAGAGUUUGACGACUUGCGCAAACGUGGUGUCGCUGCGAUUACCGAAACCUUGAGCAGCUGGCAAGGCUACAGGAACUACGUCGCCGGCCCAAUCACGGAGGAAGUGGUCUUUCGCUCAGUUCUCAUUCCGAUCCACCUCCUCGCCAAAAUAUCCCCGAGCAGGAUCGUCUUCCUCACACCCCUCUACUUCGGCGUCGCGCAUGUCCACCACUUUUACGAGUUUCACUUGACGCACCCUCACAUCUCACUUCUGCCGGUCUUUUUGAGGUCGCUGUUCCAGUUCGCCUACACGACGCUUUUUGGAUGGUUCGCAGCUUUCAUCUACGUGCGUACGAGCUCGAUCUACGCCUGCAUCAUCAUUCAUUCAUUCUGUAAUUGGGUCGGGCUUCCUCGUUUCUGGGGCCGCCUGAGGAGACCGGAACAGUACCCGAUCUCACCUAUUGCCAUCCGCGGCAAAGACGAUACAGACCUCGUCCAGGCCUCGACAAAGGGCCAAAAACUGGGGCGACGUUGGACCGUGGCGUAUUACCUACUUCUAAUCACAGGCGCAUGUGCUUUUUAUCGAGGACUGUGGCCGUUGACGGCAUCUGAGGCGGCCUUGACUGAGUUUGCGAACAAUAAACGACGAUAG